UUUGACACUGGCACUAAACAAACAAACAAAUUUUUAACCAAGAAAUUUGUUUAAUGAUUUUAAAAUUUUCAUAAACUGUAAAAAAAUGCAUCCCGCUCUUCUUCAAAAACAACUCAGAGACAAUGCGAGCGACUUAUCUGAUUUCUGUAAAGAUUUAAAAAGCUGGGGCGAAGAAAUGAAACGUAAGGAAGAUUCCCUAAAGAAAGAAGACGAUAAAUCAAAGAAAGCUAAAACUCAAGCUGAACCUUCAAAAAAAUCGUCCAAAUAUAAACCGCCAAAAGGACCGACUGAUUAUGCGAAAUGGGAUAAAUUCGAUGCAGAUUUAGAAUGUGAACAGCUAGAAGAUGAUAUUAAGGACGAUUCGGAACUAACGGACGAAUUCGAAGAUAGUGUUAGAGAUGAAGCUCUCGUUCAUAAGGAAAAAGGAAAUACAUAUGUUAAAUCUCAAGAAUGGUCGAAGGCCAUUGAUUGUUACACAAAGGCUAUUAAAUGCUAUUCUUAUGACCCAGUUUUCUAUGCCAAUCGAGCUCUUUGCCAUCUAAAAGUUAAGAACUUUUCUGCAGCAGAAGAAGAUUGUACACUUUCACUUAGAUUAGAUCACACUUACGUAAAAGCUUUACAAAGGAGAGCAGCAGCCAGAGAAAAUUUAGGAAAGCUAGAUAUGGCACAAAAUGAUUUGGAACUUGUUCUGAAUUUUGAACCAAAAAACAAGGAAUCUCUGACGGCUUUGGCCAACAUUAAAAAGAAACUUGGCAAUACAGCAGCACAUGAAGCUAAAGAUCCUCAACGCCCUGUAUCGAAGUUUACGGCGUCUAGAAACAAAUCAAACACUUCUAGUAUAUCUAAAACAAAUGUUUCUAACAAUAUUUCGAAUGAAACGAAAAUAAACGAUAGUUCUUGGCCAGAUCCGGGCUGUGAUAUUACCCCAGUUAAAAUUAUCAAAAAACCUCCACAUUUACAGUCACAAAAACCGCUAAAACGCAUUGAAAUUACUGAGGUUAAUAAUCUGCCAGUUUCAUCAAAAGAAAUAGAGUCGGUUCCAUUGAAAAAGCACGUUGUUGAACACAAAGAACAAAAAUUAAAUGUAAACGAGGACAAAGAAAUAAAAGUGUCGGCUUUUAAGAAAGGAAGAGAACAAAUAAAGAAUGAAAAAAACGAAAAAUUAAGUAACGACGCUGCCUGGCCUCGAGCCAAAGAAAUUCCGUCUAUUUUGAAAUCGGACGAUUUGAAAGUGAUAGAGAAAAAAGAGUUUACAGAAAGUACAAUAAAAGACAUAAAAAACACUGAAAAUUUAUCGAAAACUAAAGGAAACAAAGAAACAAAUACUUCUGAAGAAUUUACAUGUCCAAGUAAUUCAGUGCAAUUUUACAAUACUUGGAAAAGUAUAAAAAGUGACGAGAGCAAGUAUAAAUACUUGAAGUGCAUUAAUGCGGAUAAAAUACCGAGUUUUUUGGGGGAAUCCCUGGAAAGUAGUGUUUUUAGUAGUAUACUAGAUGUAUUAUCUUCAGAGUUUAUUAGGAAUAACGAAGAAAUUUAUGAAUAUUUGUUGAAUUUAACUAAGGUUAAGAGAUUCUCGACUUUCACGAUAUUCAUGGAUUCUACAGAUAAAAAUCGUUUAUGGAAACUGAUUACCUUUUUAAGAGAACAAGGAACUAAAUCCAAAGGGGAAAUCGAUGAUCUUGUUUUAAAAUACGAGUUAUAAUAUUGUCAAACUUUUUAAUAUUUUUUUUUUGUCAUUAUUAUUAGUGCUAGUGAUAUUUUUGAAUGCACUUUUAAUUAUUACAAGUUCUACCUUCACUACUAAAUAUAUUUUUUAAAAUGCUAA